AUGGAAUAACGAUGCUGUAUAUUUUUAUGUCAUUCUAAAUUUUAUUUACUCAUAAAAUAACUCAGAUACUAGUAAUACCAUCGAGUUAGUGAUUAAAAUCUAGAUCACAUGUGUUUAAGCCUUUGCUUAUAGGGAAAUAUACCACCACAGUGCUUCCAGGGUAAUAACAGCUUAUCAUGCUUAGGCGGGAAGACGCUUCACACUAAGUCGUACAGCAAGGAUCUCAAGACAUUUAUUAAAAGUAUUGAACAAAGGAGUUUAAACUUCAAAAAUCCUAACCAAGGGACUCAAACACAUUUAGGCUCAAGUUGGGAUACGAAGAGAAUUAUACAAAAGAUAGAAGAAAACCCAGCUGGAAACUCCUCUGAAUCCUACAUGAGAAUACUUCAAGGCCUAACAAUGAAUAAGCAGCGCCCUAAGAAGACAUUGGGAGCAAACAAAAGCAAUUUCUCUCUCAAAACAUUGGAUAUCUUGGGAUCAAAAUCCCCAGAGAAAAGGACUUUAGAAAACCAUAAUGUGGAUGAGCCUUAUUUUUCAACUAUUACAAAGAACCUAGAGAUCAAUACUCCUGUAAAAAAGGCUUCAGCAAAGCUGAAGCCUUUAGACUCAGGGUAUUGUAGUUCAACUGAACGAUCUCUGAGUUUCCCUGAGCAUAUUUAUAAAUUAAGAAAGCUGGAGGAAAAGCAGACUGAUCUGAAUGACCUUUCCUCAGCGUUUUUUUACCUUCAAUCUCCUAUUGGAUGCUCUCCCUCCAAAAGAAUGAUGCUAAGCAAUCAAGAGAGCCCACAGAAAAAGGGGAAAACAUCAAGAUUUCUGUAUUCCGAAGUCAAAGAAGGGCUAAAACCUCAGCUAUAUCAGAACACUCCAAAGAAAAAGCUCUAUAAGCUGCCUGAAAAGUUAAGCCAGAUUGUCAAAAAGCCAGUAAAAGAUCCAGUGAGAAAAGUCAAAAACACCAAGAGAAAAUACUGCCUCAACUCUUUAAAGAUCCAAGGAAUAAAAGACCCUUGAGAUUACGACAAGAGUAGUGACACACGUACUAAAGAGACUGAUACUAUCAGAAUCCCUGGAAUAAUCACCUCUUGUAAAGUAUCCAAAAGAGAUCAAGAGAAAUCUUUCACAACUGUCACUUCUGACUCACUCUCUUUCAGCCAUGAUAUGAGAGGAAUUGAUAGAAUUGUGAUAAAGAGUUGCUCACAUACCCCAAAGAAGCCAGUUCCAUCUAAAAGUUUAACGAAAAAGAACUGAAUUAAGCCUGUCAAUUUCCUAUUGCAAACUAACAUAAAGCCCCGGAAUAGAGACUUUUAGUAAUUUAUUAGGAAUUCAAUUA